CCCAGCUCAGGAUGGUUUUUAAGGGCGGAUUUGGGACAGAGAAGGGAGGUGGAAAACAGCAGCAGGUUACGGACGGACGAGAAACGGACGGACGACACGAAGCUUGAAACGAAGACUUACUUGUUAGUUAGUCACUGAGUGAGCCAUGCCUCUCUGUAUCGCAACACUCCUCUUUGCCCUGCACUGUCUGUUGCUGACUUCAUGUGUGGUUUGUCAUGCAGGAUUUGGAUGUACACAUAUCUCUGGUGCCCUGAUGCAGAUUGAUGUAGGUGUUGGACAAGUUUUUGGGGUCAACCAAGACGGCAGCAUCUUCACAAGGUUUGGAUCAUCAUGGACACAGUUGCCAGGCAAACUGAAGCAUGUCACCGUAGGACCUGCAGGAGUCUGGGGAGCCAACAGAGAGAAUCUCAUCUUUAAACUAGUUGGGACUGACUGGGUGAAUGUACCUGGUCUCUUGAAGCAGAUUGAUGCUGGUGGAGACCAGUUUGUGGCAGGAGCAAAUCAUGUCGAUGCCAUCUACUGUCUUCCAAAGAAGAACACAGUUGGCUACAGUGGAAGUAAUAGUGCUUUGAACUGGCGCCAAAUUCCUGGCGGCCUGAAGUACUACAGCUGUGGUCCUUAUAGCUGCUGGGGUGUUAACAGUGCUGAUCACAUCUUUGUGAGGAAGGGGGUGAACUCCUUUAAUUGUGAGGGGGACGGUACCUGGCAGGAGGUUCCAGGAAGCCUGUCUAUGAUCGAGGUGGGAAGUGACGGAUCUGUCUAUGGAGUGAAUUCUGUAGGAGACGUGUUCCGCAGGGAUUCCACGUCUGCCUGUCAACCUGAAGGUACCUGGCAGGAGGUUCCAGGAAGCCUGUCUAUGAUCGAGGUGGGAAGUGACGGAUCUGUCUAUGGAGUGAAUUCUGUAGGAGACGUGUUCCGCAGGGAUUCCACGUCUGCCUGUCAACCUGACGGUACCUGGCAGGAGGUUCCAGGAAGCCUGUCUAUGAUCGAGGUGGGAAGUGACGGAUCUGUCUAUGGAGUGAAUUCUGUAGGAGACGUGUUCCGCAGGGAUUCCACGUCUGCCUGUCAACCUGAAGGUACCGGCUGGACCAACAUUCCUCUCUACAGCGGACGGGUGAAACAUGUGUCCUAUGAUCUGGGCCAUCUCUGGCUCAUCCUGAACAAUGAUGACAUCUAUGACUGCACUGAGCACUGAGCACUGCUCUUACAGAGGCAGCCCCCCUUGGAAAACCCUGCAGCUUAAUUACUUAAUCAUUACGCACCCUUUAAUUAUUUUUUGAUCUUCCAACAAAUCCUUAAUUAGGACAGUCAUAAUUGUACUGUGCUUCUGUUCUAUUAUCCGGUUCCAGUUUGGUUCAUAUUUAAACAGUAUCCAGACUUCAAAUAUCCUGAAGUGAUCCUGUCACUACAUGAGGGUAUAUUUGGGUAUACUUUCCAGAACUGUUAGUUUUUAAAAUGAGCAUAAUGAUUUAUGUCCUGUGGCUUUGGUAUCA